AACUUCUCCGAACGAGGAACGAGGGAUUCUCGAGUCAUCAUCGUCAGUGUCCUCAUUUUGCUAAUUCAUCAUGGCAAUGGCAAUGGCAAUGUUGCGGUGGAGGAUCGCAAUCCAGAAAUUGACAGCGCCUGCGCCUCGCCAAUGGGCCGGUUCGGCCAGUAGCUCGCUCUCUCCUCUCCCCCCUCUUUUCUUCUGCCACAAUCUUCCGCCCACGUUUCCUCCUUUCUCCUUCGCGACCCAGCUCCCCUCCACCGUUGCGCACUACUCUGGUGCGCCUGAGCCCAACCAGACGAGACAUAGGUCUCAGGUCGCUAAUAUGCAUGACGACUCUCUAGAAGACGAAAAUGCUCGCGCUCACCGAAGAAAGCGUUUUCCCAAGAUAAUGCGUUGGAUAGAGAAGUCGCCUGAGGAAAUUACAGAGAUAUGCAGGGCAGCAGUAUUGGAGAUGGAAUAUGCUGAGGAGACAUUGGACCAUUUUUACCGAGAAAUGAGCAAGGAAGUGGAGACAAUUCUUCACGAGGGAGACCCGAGGGUACCCGAGGAACUCUCCAGGAGGGUGGUGGUCACAUGCGUGACCGACGACUGCAGUUGUCACUGGAAGCACGUGUACGUGUACGUGUACGUGCUCCGGAGGAAACAGAGGAAACAGGGGUCUGGAGCGAGUGCUGCAAAGGUUAGGGCUGCAAAGGAAUCAUGUAGAGAACUAGAAGUAGAGCUUGCUUUGACUUACUCGCCGUAUCUGGAGGGGACAGCUGCUCAUUGGCCUACUGAUUACUUUCCGUUUAGAGAGGACGGGGUACCACAUAAAUGGAAGGUUGUUAAUAAGUUUGAGCUCUCUAGCCAAGAUGUAGAUGAAUAUGGUGUAGCCGGAGAAGAAGCAAAAAAGUGCGCUGGCUGGUUGAUUGCCCAGAACAAGUUAGCCGGCAAGGACACAACGACACUAGCAAUGCAACUCUGGGAAAAGUCGCCAUUUAAUUGUUGGGAGCGGGCAAGAUCCUUUUUAAAAAGUGGCCGUUUCUACUGUUAGAAUGCUUUCGUCUUUGUCUUUGGGUGUCGGGUUGCUGGGGUGGCCAUCCCAUCCGGUUUCUACUUUAGAUGGAAGAAAUGAAAUGGGAAAAACUCUGUUGGAUAACCUUUGUGACGACCUUAUUUAUUAGAUUUAUUUAGUGACUUCUAUCCGGUGGCAUGUAAUUUUGGUAACAAGAUUCUGGUAUUCAAGGUAGAUUGUCACCCGUCAGUCGGGAGUAGGUAGGUGGUGGAUAUAUUCUUAUAAUUCGGUUGGUAGUACUUGUUUUCUAAUC